AUGAACACUAAUAGUAAUAAACGCAAAAAUCGCACGAGUGGCGUAGGAAGAUAUGUGUCCGACAAUCGUCAGCAGCAGCAACACCAACACCAACACCAACACCAACAACAGUCACAUAAAGGACGUACGCAGGCCCAAGGAGUGUACAAAAACACCCAUUUUAUACAUGCCGCCACAUCAUUGGUGGGCAGCCUAGUGCAGGUUCGUCUGCGCUCGGGUAAUAUUUACGAGGGGGUGUUUCAUACAUUCUCGCCAAGUUUCGACGUAGCACUUGAGCUGCCACUAUGUAUUAAGACUAACAAGCAUGAAGACGAGGGCAAACAUGUCCCAAAUCAUAUGAUAUUCCCUUGUGACACUGUUGUAAACAUUUCGGCAAAGGAUUUUGAUUCUCGUUAUGCCACAACGAGAACUUUCGCAACGGAUGGAGCGAUAUCAGAGAAGUUUAAUGGCAUACGAUUAGAGGAGAAAGAACUUGAACCUUGGGAUGCAUCUGGAAUGAAUGGCGACGUCGACAUCGAGUUGGAUGGUGCAGCAAACGGUUGGGAUCCGAACGAUAUGUUCCGUCAGAAUGAGCACGUUUUUGGUGUUCAGUCUACUUUCGAUGAUUCGCUCUCUUCAUACACUGUUCAAUUGGAUAAAGUCGACUCUGAUGAAUUUAAAGAAGCUGAAGCUAAAGCGGAAAAGUUGGCCGCCGAAAUUGAGAACAAUCCUAUUUAUAGAGAGCGAGUUGACUUGGAGAACGGUGAUGAAGAACAACUUUUUGCAGCAGUUGAACGUCCAGGUAGCGAGAUCGAACGCGAGCGCGAAAGCGAUCGAGAUCGUGAACUAGAACGCGAACGAGAACGUGAACGCGACCGAGAGAAGGAACGUGAACGGGAGCGCGAACGCGAACAACGUGAUCGUGAGGAUCGGGAACGAAACAAACGUUCGGGUACUGGCGCCUUCGAUCAACGUGAAACAAUGACGGAGCGAUAUAUCACAAAGCCAACUCGAAGUAUUACCGGUCCACCACCGCCUGUUGCCAUGGCAUCCACUAGCACAAUGAAUUCCUCAACCUCGGUAUCUUCGCAAACUAGUGGAAAUGGCCCUACCCAACGAGGUCAAAUAGACCGCAGCAAUAGUGGCGGUGAUAUAAUUAUGAAUGCUCAUCCACUGACAUCGUCAACUAUUGGUCAGCUGCAGCAACAGCAACAGCAACAACAUCAACAGCAAAAUAAUUCUACCCAAGCUAGUACGGUAGGAAUGACAGGAGCGUUAAAAGCUACGACAGCCUUACAAGCUACCUCUAAUCCUGUAAUCGGUAGUAGUUUGGAAGGUGGCAACAAAUACGUCGGUGGCUCAAUGAUGAAGCGUAAAACGGUGCCACAAGGCAAGCAAAUGAUAAGAAAUACUCCAUCAACUAAUAACUCAAACACUCAAACGGGCGUAAGUGGCAACGUAGGAAAUCUAGCUCAAAACUCUGUUGCCGGCCAAACUGGUGGUGGUGGGGGAAAAGGUGGCAAUUAUCAGGCUAUGUCUAUUCAAAAUCAACAAUCUUAUCAGAACUAUUCUCAAAUUAUGCAUGGGUCAUCACAGUAUCGGAAUCAGCAGCAUGUUGGCGUUUCGGCAAAAAUAAAUGGCGAUGUUAAUACAAAUUCGUCUAAACCGAUGUCGCAGCGUAAUAUGCGUCAAUAUCAAGGCGCUCAAUCAAAUUCAUCUAUGAGUUAUAACGAAUCACAGGUUUCAAUGGGCAAGAAUCAUGGUCCUUCACAUGGUCAACAACAAAUGGGAGGACAAAUGGGUAUCAACAGUAGCUCGUCGCCGCCGUUACAAGCAAACGUUGGUGGUCUACAUGGCCAUGCACAGACUCAAACAAGUGGUGUAGUUAUAACUGGUCCACCUAAUCAGCCUCCUCCACAACCUCAGAGGCAAAUACGAAAUCAAAUGCAAGAUUUACGACAAUUUUCGCAAGAUUUCCAGUUGGCCAAUAGCACGUCAACGUCACCACCACAACAGCAAACACAGGUGCCCUUACAGCAACAACAACAGCCACAGCCGCAGCAACAUUUAAAUGUGGGUAAAAGUGCUGGUCAUCAACCACAGCCGUCUGUGUCGCCACCACAGCAGCAACAAAUUGUCGUACCGCAACAGCAACCACAGCAGCAUAUACAACAGUUGCAGCAACAACACCAUGGUCAACAUCAUACGCCACCGCCUCCGACUCAGCAGCAACAGGCGCAUGUGCAACAGCACUACGUACAGUCACAUUUGGUGCAGCAGCAGCAGCAGCAACAACAACAACAACAGCAGCAGCAACAGCAACAUCAAACCCAUCAGCAACAACAACAUGUUCCACCCCAGCAUGUACACCAACAACAAGUUCAGCAACAACAAAAGCCACAUCUGCAGCAACAACAGCAACCAACGUCAGGCCAGCAUCAACCGCAACACCAGCACCAACAUCAACAGCAGCCACCAACACAGCCCACUGUAUCUUUGACGCAGGAGUCGUCGCAACAACAGGCACCGCAGCAGCCUAACCACCAUGUACCGCAAACACAGCAGCAGCCACAAUCGCAACAACAACAGCCACAAAUUCAACAAAAUUCGCCGCCCGUGUCAGACACACCGCCUCAGCAACAUCAGCAACAACAAACGGUACAACAAUUGAACAAGCUUGAUGCGACACCUGUCUCCGCAACUACACCAGUUAGCAGCAAUACGGGAGUAAAUAUAUCAUCUGAUAAAAUUACCACUCCCACUGGUGGCGGUAAUUCUUCUGUAACGACCAGCAGUGCUCCCUCAAGCGGAACGACAACUGUAAAGAAAACACAUGUUUUAAACCCGUCGGCAAAACCGUUCACACCCCGCAGCCCAAGUACACCGAAUCCAUCUCGUCCGCAUACACCACAAACGCCUAUACCGAUGCAGAGCAUCUACACGACAGGGGCACAUGUGCAAGCUGCGAAUCAAACACCUAUGUAUGUAAUGCAGUCGCAACAGCCCGCAUUUCAGGCACCAACACAUCCACAGACAGGCCAACAACCGCGCAUGCGUAGGGGUAAUUAUGGUCCCAUGGCUGCAACACAAACUCACGUUUCAGCCACCACGGCUACUGGGCAACCUUUGCUAGCAGCAGCGCCUAUACAACAGUUCAUACACUACCAACAGACACCGCAUGCGCCACAUUUCCAAUCGCAACCGUACGUAAAUGUGCGCAUGUACGAACCGCCACCACAGCAACUGCAGUUCAUAGCACAAACUCCACCAUCAACAACGCCCUCACCGGGACAACCACAUCAAACGUUCCAUCCGCCGCCACAGCCUUCGCCAGCUGGUGCUGGCCCACAGCCAACAUUCGCACCACAAACACAACCCAUGUACCCAGUCGUCUAUCCCGUUCUACAUCCGACGCAGUUAAUGCAAAAUCAUUAUUACUCCGCGACGCCACAACAUCCUCAGCAAACGCAGCCAUUUCAAAUAUUGAUGCCACAACAUCCAGCACAGUAAAGAAUAUAUCUAAAAAAGUGUAUUUAAUAUAAAAUAGUGUGAAAGCGAAACGAGUAAUAAUGAUGAUGAUGAUGAUAGCAGAAAUAUUGAAAACGAUGAAAUGGAAAGAUCAUGUUGAUGGCGGCGAGCAUUAGUGCUAAAUAUUCAUAGUAUGAGAAAACAAAAUAUAAUUACAUUAAUUAAAUAGUAAACGCGAAUAAUUUUUUGCUGUAAAUACCGCAAAGCAACAUCAGUCAACAAUAAUAACAAUAAAACAAUUGUAGGAAAAAAACGAAGAAGCGACGUAUAAGAAAAAUGACAGCAAGAAUUAUUAGAGAUUGCAAUUUGAAACUAAAGUCUUAGUACAAAAUAAACAAUGAAACAUCAUUAAUUAAAAGAAAAAUACCAGCUAUGUCAUUGUAAAGAAGGUUAAAUGUAGAAGCAGCCAAAAAUGCUGAAAAUUAGCUAAAGAUAUUUUGAUUGUUAUGCCGUGCUGUGGAUGGCUUAACUACAUUUGCUAAAAUGCAAGUGUGCUAAUACAGUUAGCUGCCAUUUUUUUUUGAUUUGGCAAUGAUAAAAUUGAAAUAUGUUAAAAAAAAAAACAUAUAUAUUUAUAACAUGCUGCCCUUGCUUGCCUUGUUUAUUCUUUAAUAGUAAAAAAAAAAAAAAAAAA